UAAAUGACGUUUCGAGAUCGGGCAAAACAAUUUUCAAGGAAAAUUUCCAAUAACUACUUUUUAAUCAUCUCUAAGCUUUAUGGCAGUGCUGGAAUCAUAAAAAUCCAACCGGUAAAACCAGGAAGAAACAUCUAUGUGUAUUUAAGAUUUAGGAUAUACAUAUUAAUUAUCUAAAAAAUCGGAGGAUAGAAAGUGGGAGGAUGGUGCUGGAGCGUGAAGAAGGCAAGGAGGUAGCGAGUGCGGAGGUGGUGUCGAGCGGCGGCCGGCGGCAACGGCUGGUCGUGGUGGCGCGCGGGGACGACGCUGUGCUCGUGCUGCGCGAGGCUGCCGCGAGGUUGCGCUCCUGGCCACUGCACGCCAUCAAACUCACUGCUGAUCAACCGGGUGGCAACAUAACAGUAGAAGCAGGCGGUGAGACUUUAACUUGGUCAUGCAGCGACGAAUCGUCUCGCGCGGCGCUGUGGCGCGCAGCGUUAGCAGGCGCCAGGGCGCGGGCGGCGGGCGUGGGGGAGGCGCGGUUGGCUGAUGCAGCGCUGGGGGCGCUACUUGAAGAUGCGGCGCCUGAUGAUGCUGAUGCAGAGUUGUGGGCGCGCCGUCUGGCUGAUAGACUGGCCAAGCUUGAUGCACUCAAUGUGGCUGGUAUGCUGGCUGCUGCUACUGAGGGCGGAGGCGCGGCGCUAGCCGAACGGCUGGAGACAGGCGUGUCGGCGGGCGCAGCGCUGUCCGCCCGGCUUGCUAAGUACGAAGCCAUCGCCCGCGCCGCGCCUGGCGCCUCCCACGCGCGCUCUGGGGCGGCUAGGGCCGAUGCCAACGCUAGGGCUCUGCUGACGGAGCUCGACGAAAUAUACAAGUGGCUUGAUUCACCUGCGUUACAGGAUCUUGAGUCUUUGGGACAGGUGUCGCUGGCCACCCCCGAGGGCCGCGCGCGCGCGCUGGCGGCGUGCGAGGCGCUGCGCGGCGCGCUGCGGGCGGAGCGCCAGCAGCCCGCCGCGCGCCGCCGCCUGGCCGCCGUGCGGGACCGGCUGCGGCGGCUGCAGCGCGCCAGGGACCAGCUGGCGGGCGCGCUGGCCCGGCAGCUCAACAACGCGCUGAUCCACCUGGGCAACGAGGCGGCCACGGAGCCGCGCGCGGCCCAGCGCCGCCACGCCGACCUGCUGCCGCACGCGCCGCACACGCGCUGGCUCAAGCUCAUGGACGAGAAGGCCUACAACGCAUUGCUCAAGGUGUACGUGAACGCGUGGUCGCGCGUGCUGGAGCGCGAGAUCCGCUCGGCGUGUGAGGCCGCUAAGACGGCCCUCGCCACCGCGCCGCCCGAACGCGCCGACGAGCUGCUGGACCAGGUGUUAACUUUGGUGGAAAACCUAUGUAACGCCGAGCAAGAUUUCUGCACGCAGUUCUUCCAUUUAGACGUCGACGUCAAGGCUGAUGGCAGCGACGGCGAGCGCAGCGAGAAGAGCGAGGGCGGGGAGCGCGAGCCCCGCCGCGCCGGCGCCGAGACGCGGCGGCUCAUGGCCGAGCUGUUCCCCGCGCUCGACGCCGAGCUGGCCGCGCUGCUGCACGCCAUAUCCAGCCACGACACCUACGGCGCGAUGCGGGCGCUGGCGUGCGUGGGGCGGCGCGUGCUGGGUGGGGAGGCGGGGGCGGGGGCGGGCGCGGGCGGGGGCGAGGCGCGCUGGUCGCGGGCGGCGCUGGCGGGCGCGGCCGUGGCGGCCAAGCGCGGCGCCGACAAGAUCGUGGCCGACAGGAUCGCCGCGCUGCCCGACGCCGUCAAGCAGGCGGCGCGCAAGCAGAAAUGCGGCGUGCUAAGCUUCAUAGCGGAGUUCGAGGAGCUGUCCCGCGCCUGCGAGGCCAUCUUCGCGCGCAGCGCCCGCCGCGCCGACCUGGAGCGCUGGUACCUGGCGCUGGCCGCCGCGCUGCUGCACGCCGUGCACCACGCCGACCACCCGCGGACGCCCAAGGCCAUCCUGCACAUGGAGAACUACCACCGGCUGCACGGCGUGCUGUCCUCGCUCCGCGUGCCGGCGCUGGAGAGCACCCGCAAGGAGUGCAAGCAGCGCUACCAGGACUCGCUGCGCACCUACGUCACGCAGUACUUCGGGCGACCGCUCGAGAAACUCACGCUCUUCUUUGAGGGUGUGUCGGAGGCGGUGGCGGGCGGCGUGCGCGAGGACGAGGUGUGCUACCGCGCCGCCUACAGCAAGCACGAGCUGCGGCGCCUGCUGGCGCUCUACCCCGCGCACGAGGUGCGCAAGUCCCUACACCGGCUGUACCGGCUGGUGGAGAAGCACGUGAGCGAGGAGAGCGGCCUGCUGCAGGUGGUGUGGCGCGCCAUGCAGGAGGAGUUCAUCGCGCAGCACGUGCAGCUGCAGGCGCGGAUCGCGGCGUGCUACCCCGGCGCCGGGCUGUCCAUGCCGCUCACCACACAGGACAUCCUCGACGCCUUCUCCGACAUCGCGCGCGAACACUGAUAGAUAACCUCCAAGUGGCAUGUGUCUACACAAACAGCGGUGUAUGUACAGUCAUGAGCAAUAUAAUGUACCCACUUUAGGACUUUGUCGCACUAACAUAUUUAACAUUUAGUAAGACUUACAGUUCAAUUUGUCAAAAAAGUUAAUGUGACAUGGUACCAAAGUGUAUACAUAUUAAUGCUCGUGACCGUACACACUAGUGUUGAUAGUAUUGUUUCCGACUAAUACAAGAACCAGAAUCCUUGCAAUAAGCUACUUGACAGGCUAGUCAAAUGAGAUGCUUUUUACGAAAUAUCAAAACGAAAAUUUUCUUUGGAGUUUCUAUAGAAAUGCUGUCCUGUGACGUCAUCCAUAAAAUCGGUCAGACGUCGUACUCAUUGUUACUUAAUUCAUUAUUAAAAUUCGAAAAAUUAAAUGAGAUUGAUUUUUAAUCUAUAGUCAGAAGCAAUAUUAUCGAUUGAUUCAAUGAGCUAUUUCAAGGUCAAAUAUCGAUAGUAGGUACGGGAAGAGGCUUGGAUCUAAGGGUUGAAUCACAUCUGACAAUAGGAACAGCACUUUCCCUCUAUCCUUUUCUGUUAAACAGAACAGUCAUUAUGUAGAGCAAGAUAAUGCGACCGCACGCGGUUGUCACGCUCUCGCUCUAGGAAAUGAUUGAUCCGAGUGACAGAAAAGGAUAGAGGCAUGGGAAAACGCGAGGCAGUGAGGCAUGAUGUAGUUCACCUCGCACUUCAUAUAGAGUGAGACAAGACUCGUCAUUCCAUUGAAAAUUAUCAGAAUGUUUAUAAUUAAAUGUAUGGAUAUUUCCAGAUAGUAAAAAUCAUGGAGUCUAGUGGUAAACAAUUUAGUUUAUGUAAUUGUUACUUCAUUAUUAGAAGUUUGUAACUGUAUUAUUUCCUGUUAAGUAUUAAGCCUUUUAAGUAAUGCAUAUUUAUUUACUUAUUGUUAGAAACCAUCUUCGUGUAUUUAUUGUAAUGUUUAACAUUAGUUGUACAUAUAAAGGACAUAUUUUUGUAUAUUAUAAACAAAUUAAAACUUC